AUGUCGGCGCCGCCCGCUUCCAAGAAGCAGGCCCCUUGGAAGGGUUUCUUGUCCGGGUCCCUCGGCGCGAUGGCAUCCGGCGCGGUGACGCACCCGAUCGACCUGGUCAAGGUGCGGAUGCAGCUGUACGGAUCGACCCUCGACGGCGCCCAACACGCGGGUUCGGCCGGCGUCGCGCCGAAGGCCCCGCCGGGCAUGAUGCGCACCGGCUACCUCGUGGUCAAGCACGAGGGUGCGUUCGGGCUGUACAAGGGCCUGUCCGCGUCGCUCAUGCGGCAGGCGAGCUUCAUCGGCACCAAGUUCGGCGCGUACGAUCUCCUCAAGUCGGCGGUGCCCAAAGAUGCCGACGGCGGCCUCUCGUUCUGGAAGAUGACGCUGUGCGGCCUGGGCGCGGGCGCGAUCGGCGCCGCGGUGGGCAACCCCGCGGACCUCGCCAUGGUCCGCAUGCAGGCGGACGGCCGAUUGCCGAAGGAACUGCGCAGGAACUACAGGCACGGCGGCGAAGCGCUCGCGCGGGUGGUGCGAGAGGAGGGAGUCUUGGCGCUGUGGCGAGGAUGCGCGCCGACGGUGAACCGGGCGAUGAUCGUGACGGCGUCGCAGAUGGCGGUGUACGAUAAGAGCAAAGCCGUCAUCCUGAAAGAGAGCGGCGCGAAGGACGGGCUGGCGGUGCAGACGGGGGCGUCGUUCAUCGCGGGAGUCGUCGCGGCGCUCACCUCCAAUCCCAUCGACCUCGCCAAGUCGCGGCUGAUGACGAUGAAGCCAGACGCCGAGGGCCGGAUGCCGUACUCGGGCACGAUGGACUGCAUCGUGAAGACCGCGAGGAGCGAGGGGGUGGGGGCGCUGUACAAGGGGCUCGUUCCCACCGCGGCGAGGCAGGUGCCGCUCAACAUGGUGAGGUUCAUCUCAAUGGAGUUUAUGAAGAAGCUCCUCGCCAACGUCGACUGA